UGACUGUUUGUUCCGCCUCGCGCUCGGCUCCCAGCUGACCCUGUUCGGGCUAAAACAGGAGGGCGUGUUUCACAGAGAUUACUCCGCACACAGACCUAGACCCGGACCGCACUGAGGACAAGCUAGCUCCAAACUUUCACAGAUGGAACCAGAGGAAGCUGUGAAGUAAGGUGUCAGGCUGUGAAUGCUGUGGGGGCUCUGGUUGCAUGACAUCCUGUUUGCUAAACUUCUAAACGCUGACAGGAGAAUCUCUUUGCGCAUGCGUUAAUUCCUCCAAGGUAACUAGCCCAAGGAAAGAGAUUGUGGUUUUGCCCUCACUCGGGAUGGAGGAGAAGCUGACUGACUCUUCUCUGGACCUGAGUCACCUGACCGAUGAAGAGCAGUCCAGCAUCCUGCAGGUCAUACAGCGGGACCUUGAGCUGCGACGUCUCGAUGAAGGACGUGUAAGGAUCCUCAAGCAGACAGAGAAAGACCCGACACGUCUGCGCUCGCUGACAGGGGUGUGGUUCAAUGAGGAGCGCAGCAAACGCCAUCACAACAGAGCAUCGGUCUGUACCCUUGUCCAUGCCACCCUGCGGCACAGGAAACCCAAGAACAGAGAUGUGUCCCUGACUGAACUGUUCAGUGGCGAGAGAGAGGAAACCUCACUCAACAACAACAACUCCUCUCCUGAGGCUGACAAAAGAGUGAAGGACAGGAAAGGGGAGCAGAGCGAGGGAAGUCAGGAGAGUCUGAAAACUUCUCCCACACCCAGAACAAAAAUCUCCAUAACAAAGGGCCAACCAUCAAGAACUAGUACCACCUCAUCCAAAGAAUAUGAAAGACUCAAUGGACACUCAGAGGAAAUUGAGGAAGACUAUGACUAUCACAACGGGGAUACUGAGUCUCUGAGCAGCAGCCUGACAGAACCAGCCUCUCUGAAAAACAGCAGCUCCACCGGCAGCCUUCAAUCAGGCUACACGCUCAGUGGGAGCAUGAUGAGUCUGUUCAGCUCGGGGGAUUUUGGGCUGGUGGAGGUAAAGGGCCGUAUUCAGUUCUCAUUAGGUUACGACACACAGAAGGAGGAGCUGCAGGUCAAAGUGAGUCGCUGUGAGGACAUCGCUGCGGCACGCAAGAACCGCUCUGACCCGUAUGUUAAAUCCUACCUCCUGCCUGACAAGUCAAGUCAAAGUAAGAAGAAAACCUCAGUGAAGAAGAAGACACUGAACCCGAUCUAUGAUCAGAUACUCCGCUAUAAAGUGCGAAAAGGAGAGUUACGAAGCCGAACCUUAAACCUGUCCGUAUGGCACGCUGAGCCCCUGGGGAGGAAUGUGUUUCUGGGGGAGGUGGAGGUGGCUCUUGGCCUCUGGGACUGGACCUGCUCUCAGCCACUGUGGCAGGACUUGCAGCCUCGGGUUCAUUUGAAUCCAGACUCCAUUAGCAGUCGCGGGACCCUUGUGUUCUCAAUUAAGUUCAUCCCAGAUGGAUAUGAAGGUGGUGGUCUGCCUCUGACUGGAGAGCUUCACAUCUGGCUUCGGGAGGCUCAAGGUCUCCUGUCCAAUAAAGGCGGCGCUAUAGACUCCUUUGUCAGAAGCUACAUUCUCCCAGAUGCAAGUCGACAAAGCGGUCAGAAGACGCGGAUGAUCAAACGCUCCAUCAGCCCCACUUACAACCACACCAUGGUGUACGACGGUUUCCAGACCAGCGACCUGAGAGAGGCCUGUGCCGAGUUGACUGUGUGGCAGCGUGAAGGGUUAAAAACACACACCCUGGGUGGGAUUCGUCUGAGCUGCGGGACUGGUCAGAGUUAUGGUGAGGCGGUCAGCUGGAUGGACUCCUCAGAGGAGGAGGUAGCUGUUUGGACCUCCAUGAUCACAAACCCAAACCACUGGAUCGACGCAACACUACCAAUCAGAACUAACCUCACACACCGAUAUGACUGACACUGACACCAAGGCAUUUAAGAAUAUUCUCCUGUAAUGAAUUGACUGAAUGGACACCCUCAGCACAUCGGUGCACUUGGCCUCUCUGUCACAAUGAAUUACUGUUUUUAUACACGUACACUCAGACAAUGGAGGCAAUAUUGUGAAAUAGCGGUUAGAUCAGAAAAAUUUAGUUUUGAAACCAAAUCUGUCUGCAAUUUAAAUGUUUAACUUUUAUGUUUGAGGUCUGUCUUUGUGUAAUUUGACUCAAUGUCUUUGUUUUCAAUCCACUGUAGUUUAUUAAUUAAAUAACAAACCAGUAUGUGCUGCUCUUUCAUCCCUUCAGUAGAAACAGAAGACAAGAGGAGAGAUAAAGGAAUCAAUUUCUAAUUUCUGAUUCAGAUAAACCUGCUCAU